AUGCACGUCUACUCAACCACCGUCACGCUUGUGCUGGCAGCAACCUUGAUGCAAAGCUCGAUGGCCUUUCCCCUUCCAGCAUUUCUGCAUCUGCUCAGGCGUGAUGCAGACCCACGUCCAGGCCUUUCUUACUGGGCAGGCGUCAACGAUGGAGGCAGCAGCAAGAUGAAAACACGCCGCUGGCUCAGUCCCAUCAUCGAGAUGCUGGAUAAGCGCGAGCCAGACUUGUCCUAUUGGGCAGGUGUCAACGACGGAGGCUCCUCAAAGAAGCGUGAGGCUGCACCAGAACCAGACCCAGGCUUGUCGUACUGGGCAGGUGUCAAUGAUGGAGGCUCAUCAAAGAAGCGUGACCCUUCCCCGGAACCUGACCCAGGUCUGUCAUAUUGGGCAGGUGUCAAUGAUGGAGGAUCCUCGAAGCGCGAGGCGGCCCCGGAACCUCAACCUGCACCCGAACCCGAACCAGGCUUGUCGUACUGGGCAGGUGUCAAUGAUGGAGGCUCAUCAAAGAAGCGUGACCCUUCCCCGGAACCUGACCCAGGUCUGUCAUAUUGGGCAGGCGUGAACGAUGGAGGCUCCUCCAAGCGUGACGCUUCCCCAGAACCACAACCUGCACCAGAACCAGGCAUCCCCGCCCAAACCUGA